CCUAACGUGUAAUAAUUUAAGAUUACUGUUAUUAAAGUUUAUUCACCUUCUAAUAUUUCUGAUCAAGCGCGAUACCCUACUUCCGAUCGUUGAAGUACAUCGGCCUGAUAUUCAAUACGGAAUUUUAUUCGAUUAAUUGUACAUGUGUUCACCUCAGCAGAAAAUUGAAUGUUUAGAAGAGAUAUCAGUUUUAUUGAAUACUGUUGAAUUGGAUCAAUUUAAAUAUCAUACUUCACUUCGCUGUGUUUCACGCAUUUCGAUGGAAAUCUAUCGGUGUACUGCAGGUGAAUGACUUUGAUCAGUUUGACAGGAUAACUCAUUUUAAAAUAGAACGGAUCUAGGGGCGCUGUUUUGAGAAAAUUCGAACCUUGAUAUCGCAUUUAUAUCUUGUUUUAUCAUUUCAAUUGUUUGAUCCUAAAUAUGGAAAUCGUUUGCAAUUUUGGUCAGGUUAAGAAUACCUGUUUGAAUUUCCGUCCCGCCAUACCCGAAAGAGCAUAGCGAUAAUGUAAUAUAACUUAUAGUGAAAUCAGAGGCACCCGCUAAGCACUGCAUAAUUUUACAAACACUUAGAUAGAAUUUCAGCAAUCGCACAAUGUUAAAUGUUUUAUCCUUUAUCAUAACAUGUAACCCUUCUCUUAUGAAUUUAUACAUAGAAAAGGAUGGUUACGUUCGCUUUUAAAAAUUAUGUAAGUACCAUGAAAAGGUGAAAAUAAAGAAUUAUAAUAAAUCUCAUACUUUCUAUAAGGAAUACAAAAAUAAAGAGUUGGGCAAACACUGACCCCUGGACAUACGCGUACCAGAGGUGGGAUCAGGUGCCUUAGAGGAGUAGGCAUUCCCUAUUGACAGGUCACACCCACCGUGAGCCCUAUUCAUGUAUCUUGAUAAGGUAAACAGAGUAAUCCGUAGUCAAAAUCAGUGUGUAAAAGAUCCAAUGAAUACCGUACCACACAGUCUUUCCCAGUAGUUUUGUAAUCGUGUAUAUACAUUCCCUUUAGAUUUACUAAAACGGCUAUGGGUUUUCCGUUUGUUUGUUGUUGUUGUUUUUUCUUUUUGUGUUCUAUAUCGAAAUCAAUUUAUUACUUUAUAACUUUUAUGUUAAUAUUUUUAAAAAAAAAAAAGGGGGGGGGGAUUGUUCCCCGCUGUUGAUUCAUGGCUAGGUCAGUUAUUACACCUACAUAUGGUGUUUAUGUCUAUCAGCGGAUUCGAUAAGCACGAGCAUAUUCUGCGUAUGAUCAGUUUUUAAGUUGAGGCAGACUAAAAAAUAAUUCGAUGUUACUGGGGUUUCAACAGUCUCGUUUAAAGUAUGCAUUUCUUAAAUCAUAAGGUCGUUAUAACGAUGUGAUUUGCCAUUGGGUCAAAUGCUGUCUGACGUGUUUCAUAUACAUUGUUUGGCUGUUCUUUGCUCACUGAUUUUGACUACGGACACUAGGGCUCGUAUCAUUUUUAUUUAAGUUAAGAAAAUCUAAGAUAUGAAUCUGCUUAUAAAGUUUCUUUAGAAUUAUGCAGAGGUCAAUUUCAGGUAAUGUUAAUUUUCGAAAUGCAAGCGACGGUUAAUCGGUAAAUGAAAUGUGAAAGAUAUUUUGUUUUUCUUCAAACAAGUAACAUAUUUCAAAAAAGUUAAAAGUAAUAUUGGAUAUCGAAAUUUACCACUUUUGCAAUAAAUAAUAAAAUAACUACACUCAAAAACGUUUUCAUAGUCGAUAUAUUGCUGGGAUUAAUUGAUUCAGUUGCAAAACUGGACGAAAUGGCUGUAUCUAUUUUCUAUGUUUAAAUGUAUAAAGGAAAAGUUCUAUGUCGCGACAAUUAGACAAAUGUGUAAAAGCUUUGAAACUUGUCGAAAUAAUACUCUGUUGGACUCGGUGCUUCAUACGCUGUUAAAAAGGUAAGGUCUCACAAGCAAUGCAAAAUAGAGAGUUGGACAAACACGGACCCCUGAAUAUACCAGAGGUGGGAUCAGGUACCUAGGAGGAGUAAGCAUCCCCUGUCGACCGGUCACAAUCUAGUUUUACCACUAACUGUUAUGCUUCAUGGUUAACCCCCAUCCCCGCUUUGCUACAAACAAUGCGUGAGAAUUGAUAAAUGUAUAUAUUCGAUCGCAAAAAAUGAUUGUGUUCGGGUAACAGCCUAGGAGUAUAAAAUGUUUCCUGUAAUACUGAUUUUUUAUUUAAAAGUCUACUUUUUAUUGAGGAAAGUUUCACAUUUAUAAGUAUACUUUUUACGGAGGAAAGCUUCAAAUAAAUCUACUUUUUACCGAGGAAAACUUUACAUUUAUAAAUCUACCUUUUACGGAGGAAAACUUUACAUUUAUAAAUCUACCUUUUACCGAGGAAAACUUUACAUUUAUAAAUCUACCUUUUACGGAGGAAAGCUUCAAAUAAAUCUACUUUUUACCGAGGAAAACUUUACAUUUAUAAGUAUACUUUUUACGGAGGAAAGCUUCAAAUAAAUCUACUUUUUACCGAGGAAAACUUUACAUUUAUAAAUCUACCUUUUACGGAGGAAAACUUUACAUUUAUAAAUCUACCUUUUACGGAGGAAAGCUUCACAUUUAUAAAUCUACCUUUUACGGAGGAAAACUUCACAUUUAUUAGUCAUAGAGAAUUUUUCGAAAUGAUAGCCAUCAGGUCGCACACACUAGCACACACUUUGAUGUAUACAGUGAACUAUUCUAUGACCGACCCUACAUGUAUAAGGCAAAUUAAGCUUCCUCCGUCAGUACAGUAUAUGGUCACGUGGAAAAGGAAACUUUAAAAUGAUGUCAUCGGAUGUAUUAUCAAGCUACGCCGCUUACCAACUGCAUACUUCAUAAAGCACAUGCCGGCAUAGCUGCAAAAAUGUAGCCCUAUCCAAUUUUUUUUUAUUCUGACGUUUUCGGGAUAGGGCUAUAAUUCCAUAGGAUCUCCGUAAUGGUGCAAAAUAAUUUUAUGAAUAAUCGAUAGUAAACUCUGUGUAUUAGUCCCAAAUGUUGUUUACACCAAAAGGAGUACCAACUUUGUGCUCGGGCAUGUCUAAUAAAGGUGUUUUUCAUUAAAUAUAAUGUACAGCAUGCACAAUUCUUCGUCUGCUCCGCCAUGCUUGUUAUCGCGAGAUCUCGUGGGUGGAUUUAAUGAAAAACCUAAACAUGGACAAUCAGCGCGAAAAUGUAGUUACUCGACCCACUUCGACAAAGAAAGGAAAAUCAUAUUGUUGCAGAAAGAAUUUACACUCUGCUGUUCGGUUUUUAACUUGAUAUUAAAUUCAAACCUUUUCAAUACCGACGAAAUAGCUUUCGCCUCCAUACUUGUCCAUUGAUGUAAAUACUACCUUAUAUGACAUAUGCAAAUGACUUGACAAUCGGAAGUUGAAAUUUCAGUACAUAUAACAUGGCGCACAAAUAUGAAUGGAGAAAUUGGAAUUUAUCGAAAUUGUUGAAAACGGUAGAAUAGAGCCUCACAAAUCUUAAGUUGCAGGUUGUAAAUUUAUAUAUUGACUAAGAAACAUAGAAUAUCAUUUUAUUUACAUAUAGAAAGUCAGGAAAUGUUUAGAAUGAGCGCAAAUGUUGCGGGAGUGAAUCACUCCCGCAUUUGCACUAUUACGGAGAUCCUAAGGAGUUGUAGCCCUCUCCCUAAAAAAAAAAAAAAAAAAAAAAAAAAUCAGAGAGGGCUACAUUAUUGCAGCUAAUGCCGGCAUGGAGCGUUGCUCUUCAUCUGCAAAAAUAAGAAUUUUCAUAUUUGAAUUAUAAUUUCAUUUAUGUCGGAAUAUGCCCAGUCGUUUAAUUAGACGUGCUAUAUUUAUCAAGAUUUUUCACAUUCAAUUGGGAUUUAAUGAACGCCGUAUUGGUCAUGAAGAAAUGACUCGCAAUUCAAUUGAUAAAGAUAUUGAAGAUAAAACCGUUGUAAAUGUAAAUAUAGGAAAUCUAACACCUUAAGGAAAGUUUUUACGAUAUGCAGUAUUCUCUCUUUCUUACAUUAAACUAUGUUUCAUUAUUUCCAAUUCAUGAAUAUGUAUAAAACAUUCCUUGCCUAUCCUCUACCUAGUUCCCAUACUUCUGUGCACGGACCUUUCAAGUGAAAGUCGUCUCACAAAUUUUGCCGGUAGGGACAAUCAUUUGUUUAAUAAAGAUAUAAUUUCAAAGAUAAAGCCGCCAUUACGAUAAUUAAAACAGACAGUUUGGCAGUUAUAAAGUGAUAAUAUUUAAGAUAGUCCAUGCAGUAGCAGAACAGACACAAAUUACGUUAACAGAACUGGAUACAGGACAGGGUUGAUGACGGGAUCUCGCCCUGUCUCCUGUCACUUCCGGGAAAAGCCAUCCCAUGACCAAGAUAAAAGGUCGAUAUUUCCCGGUUAUUGAAAAUUGGGUCCAUGUGAAUGCCAAUUACAUAUAAUUUACUAAGUUUAGAUUUUUAAAGAAUAUUUGUAUUUUGUUAUGAAAUGGGGUAUAGGUAAACCCGUGUCGAGAAACUUUUAAAAUAUUGAUACAAGUACAAGAAAUGAUAUCGAGACAUUUAUCUUACUAAUGGCAAUUGCUCUCAGCUCUCUAACUGAAAUUAAUUCUUUUCUUUUUCCCUGACAUCAAAAUGAUCAUGCGCUAUGUCUUUGAUGGGUGCAUUAAUGCAUCAUCUAAUGAGAAAUAUCGAUUAUCAGAUACGUACAAGGAUGCGACCAUUGGGGCGCUGUAAUAUAUCACUGCAAAAUGCCGAUUGCAAGAAACAUGACUUAAAAACAAAGUGUUUACACAGCAUGUAGGUCAGGGGGGAAACAAAGGAUUGCAUGCAUUAUUGAAAAUGAAAAUUGUGUUUCCCAACAGAAAUUGCAAUUAGAUUAAUUUCUUUUCUUUGAUGGAAAGCUAUUAAUUAUUCAUUACAUCGCUUUCUCAGACAAAAAUUCCACCUUGAUCCCGUGCAUAGUGCCCGUUUGGUUUCUCUCAUGCAAAGCUUUUUUUGUAUUAAUCAAUCAAGGUAUUGCACUUUGAAACGAUAGCAAACAUACACUGAUAACUGGAUUCGUAUAAAACCUUAUGACUUUUAAGGACACGAUUUACAAUCUGCAACGUUAGUCAGUCCUUAACACCUCACAACUUUUUCCUUUUUCCUGUUAGUGGAAUCUUUCAAGUUUCUUUAUCAACUAAGAAUACUUCAUGUUUUGGAUUACAUGCGAAAUUGCCAUAAAUUUGAAUUUCUUACCUAUCCAAGAAUCUCCAAAUUCACACCGACCUUUGACUAAAGAGAGAAGUGGGACUGUAGUUUGGAUAUUGGGAGAAAAAUAUUGAAAGUUGGAUCAAGUCAGCGUGAAGUUUUGUCAAUCAAUAUUCUUUGUGUAUUGGAUAAACAUUGGCUCUAUACGCGGCUGGUGGAAGUGUCAUAGACCCGCCUUCCUGGGCGGCAAGAACCCGACCUUGACCGAACAUUAUCCACACGCUCAUUUCACGUCACAGUGCAUGUUCAAGGUUUACAGAACUACACGGCCCAGUCUUAUCGAUAGUUGAUCAUUCAAAGUAUAAUAGCUCACACAGAUCUAUUGAAUACAAAUGGGAAUGCAUUUAAAUAGUCUACCUGUGUAGAUAUGAUACGUUGAAUAGAUUAUCAUAAUAAACUCUUUAUGACAUACCCACGCAUGCGCCGUUAAGAUGAAAUCGGAAUCCAAUCCAAUGACGCGAACUAAUCGUUUUGAAUCAGUAUUGAAAAUACCGGCAAACAGCUCGGACGGGAGAUUUAACUCGAGACCGGCGACAACACUUAAUUUCCGCCGAAGAACAAGUGUGACUUUUGAUAUUGGAUCAAUAAGGGAAAUUGAAUUCAGCAAUGAGAACAGGUACUAUACAAAAACGGACAGUGACACUCAUUUAAGGAGGAUGAGUGCCCCGGAACUACCACCAAUACAGGACAAAGCCCGGAAUUCUCCCUUACCCACUUAUCACAGCAGUCGCUACAUUCGCAGUAAAAGUAGCAAACCAAGCACAAACGCCAGCGACAGUUCUCACAGACAGCGCUUUGCCAAGUCUCCAUUCAGUCAAGAAUCGUCUGAAUCCAGCAACAGCAAUGGUAAAAAACUGACUAAUGGAUAUAUUCUGAGGUCAAAAACUUGGGUUCCAUCGGAGCAGACUAACACUGCGUCCACGACAAGUACUUUGAAAUUGGAAUCUAUCGAGAAGAAAGGUAAGAUGAGCACGCCCAGGUCGACAAAGAACGGAUUUCGUACCCGGUUAUCGUCCAAAGACAAUUCCCUUUCGAGUGGAAAUAACAAUACCGCACAACUUAAAAAGAAACAACUCACGCAUUGUCAGAGUGAACCUAAGAUUUCUCCUCUGUCCGACUACACUGCGAACCGACAAAAAGUGACUUUACGGCAAAAAUCUCGAACGAACAAUAGUGUGAAUAACAAAGUGCUUUCUGUGGAUAAAACGGACAACCUGACCAGGAACCGGUAUAUCAAUGGUACUGUGAACGGUAUGAGGCGGUACAGCUCCACCAUCCAGCUCAUACCACAAAAACAUGUUAAUUACGAGGAUUUCGAGGAUGAUUCGGGCUCGGAUUCUGACAAAGAUCAUAUGAUUAUAAACUGGCUGAUUGGGGUGGAUAAUGUUCAAGCAGAGGAAAUACCGGAGCCGGAAAUCGAAUAUCCGGACGAACCCCCUCAAACGGACACUGCAUUACACAUAGUAUAUGGUGGAGACUCAUGAUGACAGUCUCAGCUUCCUAAACAGGAAGUGUGAUACGUCGUGAUGCAUUUAGAACCUUCAGAGAUGAUCCGAAAAGUUCCGGGAGGUUUACUGGUUGAAGCUUAUCUGUGAUAUGAUACUGUGAUGGGAUUAUUAGGUGUUUUUGGUGCUUUGAAUCGAAUACAGAAGAUAGAGGUUUCGCUUGUGCAAUAUAUUUGUAUGAGAGACUUGAUGCAUUAUGAAAGUCAUCCACGAUAUUCAUUUAAGUUUAUCUUUGAAACUGUUGUAUUAUUGUACAUGCAUGUAAAAUCUGUCAAUUUUGAGAGGUAAUGUCAGUCCUAAAAAAUCUAUCCAUUUAAUCCUUUCCCACCAAUUCGAAAUUCUUGGGAAUGUUAGAUCAAUAAUGAUUUAUAUUUUCUUUCUUUAUUUUCUCAAAUUGGAGCUGUAUAAUGCGGAAUUAUGUAUAUUGCAUUGUUGCCUAGACGUAAGCAAAAUAUUUUAAUUAUAAAUCGAAACACAGAGAAAUAGUUUACCCUACUUUCGUUCAUGAAUGGGACAUUGUGAUUUUUCGUCCCAUAAGUGGUACAUUUGUACUCUAUAAAAUCGAAUAGAUCAACAUUUUUCCUGUUUACACCUUAGAAAAGAAAAUACCACUACGUAUUCGUAUUUUGUAAUAACUUUUUACACAGUUUUAAAAGUUGUGUAUAAAUUUGAUAUUCCAUUCCAUUAAAUCAGAAGUUGAUGAGAUGACAAAUUUUAAACAGACAAUAAAUCGAUCACGUCGAUAACACGGGUGUUUUGACCCCACCGGGGGGUAAUUAAAACGAUUCAUUCAAAACUAAUUAGGGCGAGCAUUGUUCCCUGUUAAGUCUAGAUCUGCUACGUCAGUCGACAGGUUUUGUCCAACAAAACUCGCUACAGUAAGCUCAUUAAUUUAAAAUCACGCUAAUGAAAAUCCUCUUGAAUUCUGAAAAGAACUUUCAUUUAAAAUCAAACGGUAAUCUGCUUAUUACUCUGACCAGUUGGUCGUGGCAGAAUCAGGAUUUGGGUUUUCCGUAUUUCGCCGCGCGUAAGGAAUGAACCAAAAACCAUAGAGUUCAUAAGAGGGUAUUAAAAAAGUGCGUCAUAAAAUUCAUUUACCCGCUGAACAUACCCUAAAAUAUCUGCUUUAACUUUCCCCCUAAAAUACAAUUAUACAUCUGUAGUUAUUGAGGGUUGUAUUGACGAUCGACCGCAUGGUAUCUACAUAUGUAAAAUUUCUCCGUUACCGUGUGAUGUCCCCUCCUUCACAGAUCCGACCGCUUUUCUGUCAAACAGAAGUUUAUUUUUAACCCAAAACUUAUGUCUGUAUACUGUGUUUUGUGUGAAACCAUAUGUAAUUUAUUUUCGUUUUAUGUUUUUUUUUCAGUAUACAGUAAAAUGUAUAUGUAUUAUUCCAUUGUGCCAAUUUACUUUUAUCCGCUUGCAUUUAUAUUUAUUUGAGAAAAAUACCUACCUAUCGAAAAUCUUUAGUGCUUUGACUAUCUGAAUUUCUGGUAUUUUGUAGAGUAUAUAGGAGUAGUUCCCACUCUCUGUUUUCCGUGACUUCCUAAAUUUUCCAUUAACAUGGCAAUUUUAAUUAAUCCAACUACGUAUUCCUAAACACGACCCGUGCGUCUGCCGGAGAAAUAGAUAAUAACCAACAAGACCCUUCUGUUUUAGUGAUGUUUGAAGCUAUCAGUUACGUAUAUACUGGAAAAAAAAACCCACCUGAGAUCUAGUCCUGUUGUUAUCAUUUAGCUUUCUGUCUUGCCAGAUCUCGGCUGGCCGAGGAAUUCUUUUUCUUACAUUUUUUUAACUAUCGUUUUUUGACAAGACGAAUACAGUUACUUUUGAAAUAUUUUUUUUUCUUUACCGAAAACCUAGUUAAAUCGUUUGAAUAUAUCUUUGUGUAAAAUCUUAUUUUAAGUUCAUCGUGAUUAUCUUUAGUUGGUAAUGUGGAUAUUUUGUUAAAUGUUUGUUUUCUGUUGAAUUUUUUGAUUGGGGUUCCUCAUGGAGAGUAAUUUAUGUCGCAUAAUCUUAUCCCAGUGUACAUGCGUUUAAAUGAAUUUAAAUGUCAGACGAGUUAUCCCCAGCAAUACAGAAUUUGAAAGCUGGCUUUUCUAUGCUAUGUGUAUGAAUAUAUUUCUUUGAAUACAUUAAAAAUUAUUGAAGAGAAAAAUAAAAACAUGAAAAACUUA